AUGACUAUAACAAGAGAUUUAGUAAUAAUAAUAGUUACUAGCUUUCUUUGCUUGUGCCUUUUCUUAGCUCUGAUCAAGAUCUUCCACAAACUAUGGUGGGCACCAAGUAGCUUACAGUAUCAGAUGAGUUUGAGAGGAAUCAAAGGUCCUUCUUAUAGAUUCAUCCAUGGAAGCAACAAAGAAAUCUUGAGCAUGCAAAAGGAAGCCAGGGACUCACCUUUUGGGUUGUCCCAUGACAUAUUUCCAAAACUUCAGCCUCAUAUUCACUAUUGGACUAAAUUAUAUGGAAAUAACUUUCUUCAGUGGGAUGGCUCCAAACCUCAAUUAGUUAUAACAGAGACAGAACUAGUCAAAGAGAUAUUGAGUGAAAGAGAUGGAGCCUAUUCCAAAGAGAAAAUAAAAUCCUUUACGAAGAAGUUAUUAGGAGAUGGGCUUGUGGUGUCUGAAGGUGAAAAGUGGACAAAAGUCAGAAAAUUGGCUAACUAUGCCUUCCAUGCAGAGAGCCUGAAGAGGAUGAUUCCAGCAAUGAUUGAUGGGGUUGAAGCCAUGUUAGAAAGAUGGAAAUGCCAAGAAGGAAAAGAGGUUGAAGUGUCUGAAGAGUUUAGGUUGUUAACUUCCGAAGUGAUUUCCAGGACAGCAUUUGGGAGCAGUUACUUAGAAGGGAAGAACAUUUUUGAGAUGUUAAGGAGGUUGACCUUAUUGGCUUCCAGAAAUUUGUACAAUCAAAGUUUUCCUGUCAUCAGUAGCCUUUUCAGAACCCACGAUCAGAUAGAAUCAGAGAAGCUUGAGAACGGAGUUCACCGGUUGAUAGUAGAGUUAAUUAAGAAACAAGAAGAAAAAAUAGUGAAUUGGGAGGAGGAAAGCUGUGGGAAUGAUUUUCUUGGAUUGCUGGUAAAGGCUCACCAUGAUGCCAACGAGAGCCUGAAAAUUUCAGUGGAUGGUGUGGUUGAUGAGUGCAAGACAUUUUACUUAGCCGGACAAGAAACCACUACUAGUUUACUUGCUUGGACUGUGUUUCUCCUAUCAGUCCAUACUGAUUGGCAAGAAGAAGCAAGAAAAGAGGUUCUCGGUCUAUUUGGUAGACAAAAUCCAAACCCAGAUGACUUAGCAAAACUUAAAACUAUGGGCCUGAUCAUUAAUGAGUCUCUAAGACUAUAUCCCCCAGUGAUAAGUAUGAUCAGAGAAGUUAGAUUUGGAAAGAAGCUUAAUAUUCCAGCUAAUAUUAGCUUGUUUAUUUCAAAUCUAGCAAUUCAUCAUGACCCUCAAAUAUGGGGAGAAAAUGUGCAUCUUUUCAAACCAGAUAGAUUCUCAGAAGGAGUUGCUAAAGCUACUAAUAACAACAUUGCUGCAUUCAUACCCUUCGGAUUAGGACAUCGAAACUGUGUUGGAUUGAACUUUGGCAUUGCCGAAGCAAAGAUUGCACUGACGAUGAUUUUACAACGCUACGCCUUAACAUUAUCCCCGGCCUAUGUUCACUCGCCAGUUCAGGUUCUCACAAACCAACCACAAUAUGGAGUUCAAGUAAUUCUACACCCGUUUUGAAGGCCAAGUUUGCAUGUGGUUAGUAUCUUAUAGCAGUUGUGCAUUGAAAAUGACAGGAUUUGUAAAGUGGUUGCUACUGAACGCUCAAAGUUGCUUUAUAAACUACUUUUACUUUUCCUGCUUU